GGUUCCCUGUCGCUCCUGAGGCUUCGACGAGGACUUCGGAUGCGGUGGCGGCAUUAGACACAAGGCAGAAAGGGAGGUGGCAUGGCAUUGGGUUGAAACGUAUUUCUCGCAAUGCUGUUUGGGAGAAGGAGACGACGUGCAGCGUAGCUGUGGCGGGCUGACAUGACGCAGCUCGCAGCCUGUCUGGUUCUCGGGUGAGUCGGUCCCUCUUAGCGCUAGCUGCCUAGGCAGUAGUCCAACAAUCCCCAGCCGGCCCUCUGUUUUGGGACGCCCAGUUCAAAAAGGCUGCCGAACCGAGAAGUCGAGAGUCGCAGCCAUUCCACCUUAGGCCUCGUCCUAGGCCACCACCCAUUUCCAACCUAUAUUACGUGGUAGGGUAAGGCAGGGUAGGGCAGGCAGGGGUUCGGGGCCAAGGGUUGUGACAUCAACAAACAGGCUGGGAUUCCAAGGGUUGUGCCGUGGGCCAAGGAGAGUGGUUCCCUGUCCUUUUUGGCUUGUUACCUGUCUCCCUCUCUCUUUGCCGAACCACAAACGAGCGAGCCGUUGUUUUUUUUUCUUGCUUUGUGCCUUCCCUCACCGCUACCCUCGUCGUCGCCUCCAAACAAAACAAGGGCUCGGCUCCUCUGUCGGCAAGUCCCAUCCCGCACGCAGCACGUCUUUGUUGGACCCAGCGGCGUGCAUGAAGCAAGGGUGAGCCCUGCCGGAUCGACCCAACAUAGUUCGCGGGAGAAACGAGACAAUAAAGAACAAGCAACCCUUCACACACAUCACGUCCAUAACACACCUACCCAGCCUAGCACCUACCUAGGCCCGGGGAGAAGACGCACCCUGGCGCAGGGGCAUCCAACCGCCGACGACUCGGACUUUUUCUCCUCGAGCGAGCGCGCACACGAUCAUGUCGACAUCGAUUCGCGGCGAGAGCUUCUUCUGAGCCACAAAGCUAGUCUAGUCAACCCAGCGAGGUCUAAACGCACAGCCCCACCACGCCAUCGUCGCAGCCAGCGAUCGACCCGACUCAAUCGACUUCCCCGCAGGCCCGCCGGCUGAGAGCGGCUCGACGCAAGGAUAGCACCGCAAUCUGCACUCUAGGCGAGGCAAGGGGAGUCCACGCGCCGACACCUCCACCUCCUCCUCCUCCACCACCAUCACCACCUGGCCACAAUGUCGACCCCGACCCAGACCCCGACGUCGACGUCGACGUCGACCGAGCAGGAGAGCCGGUGGCGCCUGGUGGUGGUGCCGCUCUUCGUCGUCAUGACGGUCGGCGUGCUCGCGCUGGGCGUCACCAUGAUGCGGCGCCGCUACGGGCUCGGCGGCUUCGCGCCGGGCGGGCCGCACGACCACCCUGCGCACUACCACGGCGGCGGUCGCGGCGGCGACAGAAACCUCGACCCAUCCUAUUAUCACUCGUACCGCCGCCCCGGCGGCGGCGGCGGCGUGCCCAUGACGGGCCGCAGGCGGCGCGGCGGGAACCACCACCCCUACGCGGGCCUCGGCGAUGACGGCGCUGCCGACCUCGAGGCCGGAGGGGGGCCCGGCGGGCAACAGCAGCCCGGCGGCGCAAACGGCCACUCCAGGCCCCGGCAGCGCAGGGAGGAGGGGCUCAACGAGCUGGGGGAGGCGCCGCCGCCGUACGUCGGUGCCGGGGAGGGGAAGAAGGGAGGAGGGGAGGCGCCGGGGCCGGGACCCGCUCCUGCGGUGGAUGGGGGCAGCGGCGUCGAGACGUCGUCGCCGGCGCGGGAAGCGCCGCCUGCUGCCGCUGCUCCUCCGGCGGCCGCUGCGUCGUCAUCGCCGCCUGCCUAUAGUGAGGUCAGGCGAGGUUAGACGGUGCUUCUUUCUCUCCCGACUUUCAAGUUUUCUUCUUUGGCUCUUUUUUUUUUACGAGAUACCUUGCCGAGCACCUUUUUUUUUUAUUGAUCGAGAGCUUAUUUUUGCUUGCGCCUGGGGCAACGCACAGCUUAACCCUUGCGCUUCCAACCAAACGACGCCAAGGUGUCCGCACACACAUACGCACACACACACACACGAAGAGAGAGAGACACACACACAGAGGAAGAACAAUGUCUAGCAGACGGACGUUUAAUCUAGGACGGAUUCUAUUCCAAACCAGGACGAAUGGGGGCAAGGGGACAAACAGGACCGGGCUUAUAAAUAUUGUUGCGGCGAACGCUAUCGUCCUUGUAUCGAUUACAGUCUAGAUAGUUUGUUAAAGCGGUAAUGGUCUAGGUACUCAUCCAAAGGCUCGAACUCGGUCAGGUCGCCACGUUACCCCUGCCUGUCCG